AUGGCUACUCCCACCCUCAAUUUCAUCACUUUCAAUCAAGACCACAGCUGUCUUGCUGUUGGUACCUCCAAGGGCUUUCGUAUCUACCAUACCGAUCCUUUCUCUCGAAUCUUCAGCAGCGACGAUGGCAACAUUGCUAUUAUCGAGAUGCUGUUCUCUACCUCCCUCGUCGCUCUCAUUCUUUCUCCUCGCCAUCUCAUAAUUCAGAAUACUAAGAGAGCAUCUGUCAUUUGCGAACUUACCUUUCCCUCGGCCGUCCUAGCUGUCCGAUUGAACCGAAAGCGCCUGGCGGUGGUUCUUGAGGAUGAAAUAUACCUCUACGAUAUCAGCAACAUGAGCCUCCUGCAUACGAUCCCGACUUCGCCAAACCCUUCUGCUAUAUGCGCCCUCUCACCUUCCUCCGAGAAUUGUUUCAUCGCCUAUCCGCUGCCCAAGCCUCGAGAGGAUCCCGAUGCCCGUCGGCCUGCUCACGCGCCUCCUCACUCGGCCUUUGUUGCGCCUACAUCAGGCGAAGUAUUGGUCUUCGAUACUCUUACCCUGAAAGCUGUGAACGUCAUCGAGGCGCAUCGCUCGCCGUUAUGCUGCAUCUGUCUCAAUAAUGAGGGUACUCUGCUCGCUACAGCCAGCGAGACAGGCACUAUCAUUCGCGUCUUUUCGGUACCAAAGGGCCAAAAGCUAUAUCAAUUUCGACGUGGAACCUACCCAUCCACUAUAUACAGCAUGUCAUUUAAUCUGAGCUCGACGCUAUUGUGUGUCUCUUCGACUUCAGAUACGGUUCAUAUCUUCCGACUUGGAGCCCCUCCAGGAAACAAUACACCGGCUGGGGCGCCCAUUGAAUCCCCGGGCUCACAGCGACAGGAUCGUUGGUCUCGAGCAAGGAGCUUCGAUGACCCCGAGUCCCCAGGCACCAGUGCAGGGGACUCGCCCAAGAACGAAUCUUCUGAUGUCGUUUCGUCUGGAAAUGGCGCAGGCAGCAGCAACAGCGCAGGUCAUACAAGACAGAGUGGCUCGUUCAGUAGUAUGCUCCGUCGCUCUUCUCAAAUAAUGGGCCGAGGAGUUGCUGGUGUCAUGGGGUCCUACCUACCUCAAUCCGUAACAGAAAUGUGGGAGCCUCUACGCGAUUUCGCUUAUAUCAAGAUACCAAAAUCUACAGUCCCUUCGGGGACUUCAAGGGCCCUGCGUGAUGCUCCAGGAGGUCCCUUACGAAGCGUUGUAGCGAUGAGUAGUAGCAGUCCUCAAGUAAUGGUUGUCACUAGCGAUGGCGGCUUUUACGUUUACAAUAUUGACAUGGAACAUGGCGGAGAGGGUUACCUGGUCAGGCAAUUCUCAUCAACCUUGUGCGCUGAGCGAGAUUGA